UCUCGCGCCUGUAUCUUGCAAUGGAAUAUUGUUGACAUUAUCACUGCUCCGAGAUAGGAUGAUCUCGAUAAAAUUGAAGGCUUUAGAUGGUUUUAUUCUACUUCUGUCGCGGAUCGCACACUGACACGAUACACAGCGGUCAAAAUGAACACAGGCAGCCUGCUCCUGUGUUUCGCGGCUGCCCUGGCUGGGGCCUCCGCUUUCUCAAUUGAAUUGAGACAGAACCCGGAGACGCUAUGCGUCGGCCAGGAGAACUUCCUGAGGAUAGCAAGCAUCGAGGACUGCGUGCACUACUACCAAUGCUACGCUAGCAGGUCCUACCUUAUGCAGUGCCCGGAACAUACUUGGUUCAACGAACGAGAGCAGGUAUGUGAUUGGUCAGACCCACCGGCACGUUGCGCAAGAGAUCCCGAACCUGAACUUGAACCGGAACCAGAACCGGAACCAGAGCCUGAACCAGAGCCUGAACCAGAGCCUGAGCCUGAACCUGAACCUGAACCUGAGCCAGAACCCGAUCAGGAACCUGAACCGGAAGAAGAGCCUGAACCAGAACCGGAACCCGAAGAAGCAGAAGCUGAACCCGAGCCUGAAAUAGAAGAGGAAUCCGAAGAAGCCGUACCUCUUCCUGAGCCGGAACCGAUCGAUUCAGAGGAAUUCCAAGUGGAGGAACCUGAACAACCCGAGGAUGAUAAUGAUGAGGAACAACCAGUGGAAGAAUCGGCUGAAGAGGGAUCCGGCGAAGAGGAAUGGCAAGAAGACCUUGUCAGAAAAUUCGUGAAGUCCUUCAGAAAUCGUCAAGAAGAAGUUGUUGAUGAUGAACCCGAAGAGGAAUUGAAAAAGAAACUAAGACAAGAAGAAUCAGAAGAUGACGAUGAAGACGCAGAUGUUGAGGAAGAAGAGGACGUCAAAAGAAAAUUGAAACAAGAAGAAGUUGAAGACGAUGACGAAGAAGAAAGUGACAAUGAGGACGUUAAGAGAAAGUCAAAGCAAGAGGAAGUCGAGGAUGACGAUGAUGAAGAAAACGAUGAUGACGAUGUUAAGAGAAACAUAAAACAAGAAGAAACUGAGGAUGAUGAGGAUGAGGAAGAAGACGUUAAAAGGAAAAUGAAGCAAGAAGAGGUUGGAGAAGAUGAAGACGUAGAAGCCGAGGAUGAGGAUGUAGAGAAAAAAAAGAAACAAGAAGGAGUUGAAGAUGAUGAUAAUGAAGAAAGCGAUGACAAUGACGAUAAAAAGAGAAAAGUAAAACAAGAAGAAGCAGAAGAAGGUGAGGAUGACGAAGAAGAAGAUGCUAAGAGAAAACUGAAGCAAGAGGAGGUUGAGGAAGAUGAUGAUGACGAGCAAGCCGAGGAUGACGAUGUAAAGAGAAAACUGAAGCAAGAAGCUGAAGAUGAUGAAGAAGAUGAUGAUAAUGAAGCGGACGACGGUGAAAGGAGAUUGAGACAAGAAGAAGGUGAGGAAGAUGACGAACAAGUAGAUGAAGAGACUAAGAGGAAACAGAGACAGGAGGAGGUUGAAGGGGAUGAUGAUGAUGAUGAUGUAGAUGAGGAAGAUGAUUUAAAACGUCAUAAACGCUCCGUCAAACAAGAAGAAAUUCAAGAGGAUGAUGAGGAACAAGACGAGGAAGAAUCGAAAAGACAAGAAGAAAUAGAUGAUGAAGAUGUUGAUGAGGAUGAAGACGCAGAUGAGGACGUCAAAAGACAGGAAGAAGUUGGUGAUGAAGAGGAUGGUGAAGAUGAUGACGACGAGGAGGAGAAGAAGCGCCAAGAAGAAGUUGAUGAAGAAGACGUAGAUGAAGAUGAGGAACAAGUAGAUGAGCGUCAGAAGAGAGGAAGAAGAUCAAUUAAACAAGAAGAGAUGGAUGACGAAGACGAAGACGAGGAAGAGGAACAAAAAAAGCUAGUAAAGCAAGAAGAAAGUAAUGAUGAUGAUGAUGACGAACAAGAAGACGACGACGACGACGACGAUGAUGAUGAUGAUGAUGACGACGAGGACGAUGAUGAAUUUGACGAUGAUUUAGAAUAUAAAAAGAAACAGGAAGAAGUAGAAUUAGAUGAAGAGCAACCAGAAGAAGUAGCAAAAAAAGGUUUAUUCAAACGCCUUUUCAGAUUCUUUGGUUGAGCAAGCAUUCAAAAGCACUUCCCUUAGGAAUGCUUAUUUGACAUGCUGUUUCAGAAUAGUGUAAUUUAUUUAUUUGUAAAUAAAUGUUGAUAUAGAAACUUUGUGCAAUUUUGUAAAUAUACGUCUAAAAUGAUUGUAGGUACC